GGAGGAGGUGAAGAAGGCUGACGGCGGCGGCGGCGGAGCGGGGAAACCCGGGGCCGUCCGGGGAUGGCGGCGGGCAACGAGGAGGCGGCGGCGGCUGCUCGGGCAGACUUCGCCCGGCACUGGCAGGAGGAGUUCCCGGGGGAACCGGCGCCUCGCAUGGAGCUGGGCUCGGUGCGGGCGAUGGAGCGGGAGCUGGAGCGGUGCCGCCGGCACCUGCGCCGCCUGCAGCGGGCGCUGGCCGAGGAGCGCUUCAAGGUGCUGUACCUGGAGGCGGCGCUCGCCCGAGCCCCCCCCCCCGGCACCGCCGCCGCCGCCCCCGCCCCGCGCCGCCGCCCCCCGGCCGCCGCCCCCCGCGGCAGCUCCCCGGAGGGAGGCAGCGACGGCAGCUCCGGGGCGGAGGACGCGUCCUCGGCAGAUUUCAACUAUGGUGCAGACGACUACGACGCCGAGGGCAACGAGGAGCCCAAGGCGCUGCCGGAGGGCUCGGAAACCAUGCCCUACAUCGACGAGUCGCCCACCAUGUCCCCCCAGCUCAGCGCCCGGGGCCAGGACAGCGGCGACGGCGUCUCGCCCACGCCCACCGAUGGCCUCGGCACUGGGGGCGAGCGAGACGCUGGCAAAGGGCUGGAGAUGCGGAAGCUGGUGCUCUCCGGCUUCCUGGCCAGCGAGGAGAUCUACAUCAACCAGCUGGAGGCACUCCUCUUGCCCAUGAAGCCGCUGAAGGCCACGGCCACCACGUCGCAGCCCGUCCUCACCCUCCAGCAGAUUGAGACCAUUUUCUACAAGAUCCAGGAUAUCUACGAGAUCCACAAGGAGUUCUACGACAGCCUGUGCCCCAAGGUGCAGCAGUGGGACAGCAACAUCACCAUGGGCCACCUCUUCCAGAAGCUGGCCAGCCAGCUUGGGGUGUACAAGGCCUUUGUGGAUAACUACAAAAUCGCGCUGGAGACGGCCGAGAAGUGCAGCCAGAGCAAUUACCAGUUCCAGAAGAUCUCGGAGGAGCUGAAGGUGAAGGGCCCCAAGGACUCGAAGGAGAGCCACACGUCCGUCACCAUGGAGGCGCUGCUGUACAAACCCAUUGACCGUGUCACCCGGAGCACCCUCGUCCUGCACGACCUCCUCAAGCACACUCCAGCCGACCACCCCGACUACCCGCUGCUGCAGGACGCCCUCCGCAUCUCGCAGAACUUCCUCUCCAGCAUCAAUGAGGACAUCGACCCCCGGAGGACAGCGGUCACCACCCCCAAGGGGGAGACCCGGCAGCUCAUCAAGGACGGCUUCCUGGUGGAGCUGUCGGAGGGCUCGCGGAAGCUGCGGCACGUCUUCCUCUUCACCGACGUGCUGCUCUGCGCCAAGCUGAAGAAGACGGCGGUGGGGAAGCACCAGCAGUACGACUGCAAGUGGUACGUGCCCCUGGCCGACCUGGUGUUCCCCUCGCCGGAGGAGUCGGAGCACUGCCCGCAGGUGCACGUCAUCCCCGACCACGAGCUGGAGGACAUGAAGAUGAAGAUCUCGGCCAUCAAGAGCGAGGUGCAGAAGGAGAAAGCCAACAAGGGGCAGAGCCGUGCCAUCGAGCGUCUCAAGAAGAAGAUGUUUGAGAACGAGUUCUGGCUGCUCCUCAACUCGCCCGCCAUCCCCUUCCGCAUCCACAACCGCAACGGGAAGAGCUACCUGUUCCUGCUGUCCUCCGACUACGAGAGGUCCGAGUGGAGGGAGGCCAUUCAGAAACUGCAGAAAAAGGACCUCCAGGCCUUCGUGCUGAGCUCGGUGGAGCUGCAGGUGCUGACGGGAUCCUGCUUCAAGCUCCGCACCGUCCACAACAUCCCGGUCACCAGCAAUAAGGAUGACGACGAGUCCCCCGGGCUCUACGGGUUCCUGCAUGUCAUCGUCCACUCUGCCAAGGGCUUCAAGCAGUCGGCCAACCUCUACUGCACGCUGGAGGUGGACUCCUUUGGCUACUUCGUCAGCAAAGCCAAGACCAGAGUUUUCCGGGACACAACCGAGCCGCAGUGGAAUGAGGAGUUUGAGAUCGAGCUGGAAGGCUCCCAGUCCCUGCGCAUCCUCUGCUACGAGAAAUGCUACGACAAGACCAAGCUCAACAAGGACAACAACGAAAUCGUAGACAAGAUCAUGGGCAAGGGGCAGAUCCAGCUGGACCCUCAGGCCGUGCAGACCAAGAACUGGCACAUGGACGUGAUUGAGAUGAACGGGAUCAAGGUGGAGUUCUCCAUGAAGUUCACGAGCAGGGACAUGAGCCUGAAGAGGACGCCGUCCAAAAAGCAGACCGGCGUCUUCGGAGUCAAAAUCAGCGUCGUCACCAAGCGCGAGCGCUCCAAGGUGCCUUACAUCGUGCGCCAGUGCAUCGAGGAGGUGGAGAAGAGGGGCAUCGAGGAGGUCGGCAUCUACAGGAUCUCCGGCGUUGCCACGGACAUCCAGGCCUUGAAGGCUGUCUUCGAUGCGAAUAACAAGGACAUCCUGGUGAUGCUGAGCGACAUGGACAUCAACGCCAUCGCCGGCACGCUCAAGCUGUAUUUCCGGGAGCUGCCCGAGCCCCUCCUCACUGACAGACUGUACCCCGCCUUCAUGGAGGGCAUCGCCCUCUCGGAUCCUGCUGCCAAGGAGAACUGCAUGAUGCACCUUCUCCGCUCGCUGCCUGACCCCAACCUCAUCACUUUCCUCUUCCUGCUGGAGCACUUGAAAAGGGUAGCGGAAAAGGAGCCCAUCAACAAAAUGUCCCUCCACAACCUGGCCACAGUGUUCGGGCCGACACUGCUGAGACCCUCGGAGGGGGAGAGCAAAGGACACCUCACCCUGGCCUCCGACAUCUGGUCCCACGACGUGAUGGCCCAGGUCCAGGUCCUCCUCUACUACCUGCAGCAUCCUCCCAUCUCCUUCACUGAGCUGAAGCGCAACACACUUUACUUCUCCACGGACGUGUAGCCUGCAGGGAGGAGGCACCAGCUGCAAACACUCCCAGCUCCCCGCUGGGGGCCAUGGACCGGAUCAAGGCCCCCGGGGAGAUCGGCCUGGCCCCAGGACGGUGCCGCCUGCAGCUCCUGUACAAUCGCGUACCGAAGGCCUGGUCCCACCCCAGGCACCGUGCCGCUCUGUAAAGUAGUCGUGUCUUAUGUCCCUUCUCGUGUUCAAGAAUUGUUUUCUGUAUAUUUGUUCAACGGAAGAGGUAGUGACUGACAAGGGCUGUGGACACAGGCUUCCCCCUUGGCUCGUUUUCUCCUGGACUCCUUCCCACCCGGUGCCCAUCGCCUCGCCCCGCUCGGAGCCUGCAGCAUCCCACGGGUGCCCGGCUGCUGCCCCGUGCCUGCACGCUCGGCGCAGCCUCUCUGGGAGCUCGUGGGGCUCCCUCCCUGAUGGCCACGACCAGCCUCGCUUUGCCUCGCUGCCUGGAUCCUGCUCUGCCCCGUGAGAGCCUGGGAGCAGGGUGCCGCUGCCUCCUCGCCGCGUCGCUGCCGGGUGCUUUCAGGCCAGUCCCCUCCCUCGGCUGCUCUUACCCCGCGCUUUGCCUGUGUGGGUGCAGCAGGGUGGUCGCUUCCCUCGCUGCUUGGCAUUGCCACGUAGUGUUUUGGGGUAACCUGGUGGAGCAGGGCUGGGACGAGGCGCUACGGCGGGCUGACCGCGGAGCCGCGGGCUGGGGGUCAGCUCCCAUUUUCCCGACAAGGUCUCGGCCUUGUUCUUGCCAAGCAAGAGACUGGAGUUUUGCCCUGCCGUGUCUGUACAUCCGUGUCCCUGCCUUAGCUCCCUGCGUGCCCCUUCCAGCCAAACACUGCCAGCAGGUUGCUGACUCUUGAGCAUCCAACUCUGGCUGCACCCCGCGGCAGAGCUGCCCGGGGCAGUGGCACUCCUGCUGCAGCCACGAGAACGGGGAGGUUUGGUUUCCCUCCUUGGCUCAGGGAUGGGGGAGGAAAGUCCUGGUAGGCUGUUUGGCCUGGCCCUUGCUACUGGAGGCAGAAGUGCUCUCGCUAAGUGGUUUGAUGGCUCCAGCUCUUGACCCCAGGCUGACGGCCGGGGCGGCCGCGCUGUGUCCCGUGGCAGGGUGCCCGCACGUGCUCGAGGCUGUGCCCCGGCUGCCCUCCCAGCGCCUGGCUCCAUCCCCUGCCCUCCCACGCUGACAGGGAGCUGCUGGUACCUGCUGGGACACAAAACCUUUGGCUCUGUGAGCUGAGUCUGUGUUCUCGUGGGAAAAGCCCCCUCCUCGAUUGCGUUGGCCCUGUGCGCUCCUGUGCCAAAGGGAGAUGAUGAGAAGUGACCAAGCGUGUCCCUGCUGCCGGCGUCGUCGCCUUUACCCUGCCAACCAGCAGCCUGGUCCAGGUAAAGCCCAGCCGAUGCUCCAGGUAUGUCCUAAGCCCACCUCCCCGGGGAAGGCAGCACCUGCCAGCCCCCCACCAGCAAAGCAACUACCAGAGGGGAAGCCUUUCAGUCCCCCUCUAAAGGGCUCACACUCCAGACCCUGCUCCUCUCGACUACCAGCUAACCAGAAGGGAAACAGCAGCGCAGAAAAGAACCAGGCGUCUGUCUUGGCCCUGGACCCAGUAAGGAGGCCGAGCGUUAAGAUCUGACUGCACAACGGAUCCCUGUGUGUGUCUGAGUUGUUACAUGUGUCCAAGUCUCUGUCCACCGUAGUGUCAUUCCAGAUGGAGACUCUGUACAGCCAAAAUCCCCCCCGCGUGACGGUGGCUGGAGGCCCGCGCCGCGCAGCCCCGGCACAACAGGCUGCGGCCAAAAUCCCCGUGACGGGCUUUUGUUUGUUCCUGCAGGAAGGAAAGGCGGGGGGGUGGACUUCUGCAGCUACAGGUAGAAUAGAACUGUUAAUUAAUAUUUGACUUUCAAAAGUUGUUAAGGAUAUAUUUUUGUUUGUGUUCUGUUCCAAUUUCUGUAGAUUAUAAACUUUAAAUGGCUGUAAACCAUGUGAAGAAAAAAAAAUGUUAAUAAAAAUGCAAAGCCCCAACAUUUGCACAAAAGAA